AAUUACUCGACAGGAACUUCGGGUUUGGGAUAACAGCGCGCGGAUUUAUAAUUUCUGGUUCUUUCUGUGCCCCGCCUGCUCUCUUAAAUCACCAACUUUUCGAGAACGUGCUCUCUGCUCCUACAACGAUCACCAUACUCCACAAUGACUCUGGAUCUAAAGACCGUCUUCGCCGUGCCUAUGCAUUGCAAUGACUGCACCAAAGAUAUCGAUGGUGCUCUUAAGACAGUUGACGGAAUCAACUCCACGAAGUAUGAUCUAGAGAAACAGCUAGUUUUCAUCGAAGGAAGCGCUCCUCCAUCUCAAAUAGUCAAAGCAAUCCAGAACACAGGACGGGACGCGAUUGUCCGCGGCUCGGGUGAACCAAACAGCUCUGCCGUUUGCAUCCUCGAGACCUACGAGCCCGAAAAAGCCUCGUCACCAGUACGCGGUCUAGCCCGACUUGUCAAGGCCUCUGCGACCAGCACCCUCGUUGACCUGACACUGACGGGUAUGAGCCCUACAUCAACCUACUACGCCUCGAUCCGGUCAGCCGGAGAUAUAUCACAAGGUCCUCUUAGCACGGGCGGUGUUUAUCGUAACUUGGGCUCUGUUACUACGGACGCAACGGGCGCGGGACAGGCGUUUCUCGUCAAAGAGAAUCUGCCUAUCUGGGAGAUGAUUGGACGUGCGCUUGUCGUCGGACAAGAUGCAGAGUGCAAGAGUAUGUUUUUGAAAGACGUAGCUGGCGUCAUAGCUCGCAGUGCUGGAGUGUGGGAGAACGACAAGACAGUUUGCAGUUGCUCCGGUAAGACCGUCUGGGAGGAACGGAAGGAUGCCGUCAGCAAGGGCAUCACUGUUUGAUGAGUCCAAUGGUAGUCUACCUGUUUGAAAGCUAUGCGGAACUUUCUGGCUAGUAUUCUAACGUUUUGAUGGAGUACGAGAGUAAUAAACAUAAAAAGUAACAAACA